CUCCGCGGCUGCAGGGAGAGCUCGCCCAGCUUUGCGGACGCUGCCACCGUCGCCACCGUCGCCUCUUCCUGCUACUGCUGGCGUUCCGGGGCCGCUCCGGGUGGCGACGCUGCCCUGGGUGGGCGGCGAGCCCGGGCGGCAGCUGAGCACCCGGCGCGGCGCAUCCAGUUCUCCCGGCCGCGCGGCGCCGUGACAGGUGCAGAGUCUGGGCUGAAGUCUCACCUGCAGCCAUCGCCGCGAUGCCCACAAUGCGGAGAACAGUGUCGGAGAUUCGCUCUCGCGCCGAGGGUUAUGAGAAGACAGAUGAAGUUUCGGAGAAGACCUCGCUGGCUGAUCAGGAUGAAGUCAGGACUAUAUUCAUCAACCAGCCCCAGCUGACAAAAUUCUGCAAUAACCAUGUCAGCACUGCAAAAUACAACAUAAUCACAUUCCUUCCAAGAUUUCUCUACUCUCAGUUCAGAAGAGCUGCUAAUUCAUUUUUUCUCUUUAUUGCACUGCUUCAGCAAAUACCUGAUGUGUCACCAACAGGUCGUUAUACAACACUGGUUCCUCUCUUAUUUAUUUUAGCUGUGGCAGCUGUCAAAGAAAUAAUAGAAGAUAUUAAACGACACAAAGCUGAUAAUGCGGUGAACAAGAAGCAGACACAAGUUUUGAGAAAUGGUGCUUGGGAAAUUGUUCACUGGGAAAAGGUGGCAGUAGGGGAAAUAGUGAAAGUGACCAAUGGGGAACAUCUCCCAGCAGAUCUCAUCAGUCUGUCCUCAAGUGAGCCCCAGGCCAUGUGCUACAUUGAGACAUCCAACCUAGAUGGUGAAACAAACUUGAAAAUUAGACAGGGCUUACCAGCAACCUCCGAUAUCAAAGACAUUGACAGUUUGAUGAGAAUUUCUGGCAAAAUUGAGUGUGAGAGUCCAAACAGACAUCUCUACGAUUUUGUGGGAAAUAUAAGGCUUGAUGGCCAUGGCACUGUUCCUCUGGGAGCAGAUCAGAUUCUUCUUCGAGGUGCUCAGUUGAGAAAUACUCAGUGGGUUCAUGGAAUAGUUGUCUACACUGGACAUGACACCAAGCUGAUGCAGAAUUCAACGAGUCCGCCACUUAAGCUCUCCAAUGUGGAACGGAUUACAAAUGUACAAAUAUUGAUUUUGUUUUGUAUCUUAAUUGCCAUGUCUCUUAUCUGUUCCGUGGGCUCAGCCAUUUGGAAUCGAAGGCACUCUGGAAGAGACUGGUAUCUCAAUCUAAACUAUGGUGGUGCUAAUAAUUUUGGACUGAAUUUCUUGACCUUCAUCAUCCUUUUCAACAAUCUCAUUCCAAUCAGCUUGUUGGUUACAUUAGAGGUGGUGAAAUUCACCCAGGCAUACUUCAUAAACUGGGAUCUUGACAUGCACUAUGAACCCACAGAUACUGCUGCUAUGGCUCGAACAUCUAAUCUGAAUGAGGAACUUGGCCAAGUUAAAUACAUAUUUUCUGACAAAACUGGGACUCUGACAUGCAAUGUAAUGCAGUUUAAGAAGUGCACUAUAGCAGGAGUUGCUUAUGGCCAUGUCCCUGAACCUGAGGAUUAUGGGUGCUCUCCUGAUGAAUGGCAGAGCUCUCAGUUGGGAGAUGAAAAAACAUUUAAUGAUUCAUCUUUGCUGGAAAAUCUCCAAAAUAAUCAUCCAACAGCCCCUAUCAUAUGUGAGUUUCUUACAAUGAUGGCUGUCUGCCACACAGCGGUGCCAGAGCGGGAAGGUGACAAGAUCAUUUAUCAAGCCGCAUCUCCAGAUGAGGGGGCUCUGGUCAGAGCAGCCAAGCAAUUGAAUUUUGUUUUCACUGGAAGAACACCUGACUCGGUCAUUAUCGAUUCACUGGGGCAGGAAGAAAGAUAUGAAUUGCUCAAUGUGCUGGAGUUCACCAGCGCUCGAAAAAGAAUGUCAGUGAUUGUUCGCACUCCAUCCGGGAAGUUACGACUUUACUGCAAAGGAGCUGACACUGUAAUUUAUGAACGACUUGCAGAGACUUCAAAAUACAAAGAAAUUACCCUCAAACAUUUAGAACAGUUUGCUACAGAAGGGUUAAGAACUUUGUGUUUUGCUGUGGCUGAGAUUUCCGAGAGCGACUUUGAGGAAUGGAGAGCUGUCUACCAGCGGGCGUCCACCUCCGUGCAGAACAGGCUGUUGAAGCUGGAGGAGAGCUACGAGCUGAUCGAAAAGAACCUUCAGCUACUUGGAGCUACAGCUAUUGAGGAUAAAUUACAAGAUCAAGUGCCUGAAACCAUAGAAACUCUGAUGAAAGCAGAUAUCAAAAUCUGGAUCCUCACAGGGGACAAGCAAGAAACUGCCAUUAAUAUUGGACAUUCCUGCAAACUCUUAAAGAAGAACAUGGGAAUGAUUGUUAUAAAUGAAGGCUCUCUUGAUGCAACCAGGGAAACCCUCAGUCGGCACUGUAAUACCCUUGGGGAUGCUCUUCGGAAAGAGAAUGAUUUUGCUCUUAUAAUUGAUGGGAAGACCCUCAAGUAUGCCUUAACCUUCGGAGUCCGGCAGUAUUUCCUGGAUCUAGCUUUGUCAUGCAAAGCUGUCAUUUGCUGCAGGGUUUCUCCUCUUCAAAAAUCUGAAGUCGUUGAGAUGGUUAAGAAACAAGUCAAAGUCAUAACACUGGCAAUUGGUGAUGGAGCAAAUGACGUGAGCAUGAUACAGACAGCCCACGUCGGUGUCGGGAUAAGCGGCAACGAAGGCUUGCAGGCGGCGAAUUCCUCAGACUACUCCAUAGCCCAGUUCAAGUAUUUGAAGAACUUACUGAUGGUUCAUGGUGCCUGGAACUAUAACAGAGUGUCCAAGUGCAUCCUGUACUGCUUCUACAAGAACAUAGUCCUCUAUAUUAUCGAGAUCUGGUUUGCCUUUGUUAAUGGCUUUUCUGGACAGAUCCUCUUUGAAAGAUGGUGUAUAGGUCUUUAUAAUGUGCUGUUUACAGCAAUGCCUCCCUUAACUCUUGGAAUAUUUGAGAGAUCAUGCAGAAAAGAGAAUAUGUUGAAGUAUCCUGAACUGUACAAAACGUCCCAGAAUGCUCUGGACUUCAAUACCAAGGUUUUCUGGGUUCAUUGUUUAAAUGGCCUCUUCCACUCCGUUAUUCUGUUUUGGUUUCCAUUAAAAGCCCUUCAGUAUGGUAAUGUAUUUGGAAAUGGGAAAACUUCCGAUUACCUGCUUCUGGGGAAUUUUGUGUACACUUUUGUAGUGAUAACUGUGUGUUUGAAAGCUGGACUGGAAACAUCGUAUUGGACGUGGUUCAGCCACAUAGCAAUCUGGGGCAGUAUCGCGCUCUGGGUGGUGUUUUUUGGAAUCUACUCAUCGCUGUGGCCUGCUGUUCCGAUGGCCCCUGAUAUGUCUGGAGAGGCAGCCAUGCUGUUCAGUUCGGGAGUCUUUUGGACGGGCUUGCUAUUUAUUCCUGUGGCAUCUUUGCUUCUGGACGUGGUGUACAAGGUUAUCAAGAGGACGGCUUUUAAAACCUUAGUAGAUGAAGUUCAGGAGCUUGAAGCCAAAUCUCAAGACCCGGGAGCAGUUGUGCUUGGGAAAAGCCUCACCGAAAGAGCACAACUGCUCAAGAACGUCUUUAAGAAGAACCAUGUAAAUUUGUACCGCUCGGAGUCAUUGCAACAAAACCUGCUCCAUGGGUAUGCUUUCUCUCAAGAUGAAAAUGGAAUCGUUUCACAGUCUGAAGUGAUUAGAGCCUAUGAUACCACAAAACAGAGGCCUGAUGAGUGGUGAUGGGGAGGGGCUGGCUGAGAGGCAGGCCCUGCUACAUCUCUAAAGAGAGCCACUGCAACCUAAGGUCGUCACUGCAAUCUGCUGACCAAUUCCAGUCUGGUCUAUGGAGAGGAAAGGUGGAUCUGAGCUCAUCUCCUUGAUGGGCCUUCAGAUCCACGUACAUUACAGACAUAGUGCUGUGUAGCUGCACUGUAACACCAUCUUUCUCGGAUUUUUAAAGUGUCCGCUAAGGCUUUGUAUACAGAAAUUAAAAAUGACCUCAUGUCUUGCCGGAGUGUUUUCUUAAUCCAAGAGCAGGUUGGUCUUCUCACACCAUUGCUCUGGGUCUGUCACUAUCAGUUCACUGGCUGUACCACAAGGCAACCAGCCAUUUGGAAGCUCUAAAAAUGGUGUUCAGCUAAAGGUACUCUUGAUAUCCAGACCUAGAUUUCAGGAUAUGCUGAAGCAAACCAGCAUUCUUAAGGAACUGACUCACCUUACUGAGCAUUUCUAAACAAGGCAUUAAUAAGUGUUUGUGUCAAAAAUUGUCUUGAUAAAUGUUUGCCAAAGAAGUUCAGUAAGUGUAUUUCUCAUUCAGUAGUCAUUUGCCCAGAAAUUUAAGAGAAAGUUGACUUCCAGUUCUGCUGUAAGAUCUGCAUGCUUGACUUUUCAAAUGUGAGAGUGAUUUGCAAAAAUUAAUAUUUCAAGGCAUUUGCUACUCCAAUCUGUGAUGUUGCACCUUCGGCCUUACAAGUGCUUCUUUGUCAUUUGUGUUGUUUCUUUGUUCAAGUUAAAGGGCACGUGUGCUAAUGUGACUGUCGUUACAAUGCUGAUUUUUAAAAUUUUAUUUAUGUCUCAGUCAUUUCUGAUAGUCUCAUCAUCCCUUAGACUUUUCUAAAAGUCUGGCUUCCGCUGUAGAUUGAGUGAUGUCAUUUUGUCUUAAAGUUUUCCCUUGUAAGAAAAUUAUGCUUAUUACACAUUUAUGUGGGGUUUCCAAAGCUUUCUGUUAAGAUACUUGGAAUAAUGUGUCAGAUCAAUGCAUGGGCUUCUGUAAUGUGCAUAGGCUCAGCUCUUGUAAUGUGUUUUGUUCUCACUAUUUGUUCCCACUAGAGAUGCCUGCUCACUUAUGUAGCAUACUAUGUGUUACGGUGACUGUCUCUGUCCUUAAGACAGUUCACUCAUUAAGCCGUUUCCAAAAUUGGUCAUGUACUGCUUAUUAGGACAAAUAAGUAGUACACUUUUCCCAUUUUAAAAAAUACCUAUUUUACCCAAGCCCAUAAUGCUACAAAGAACAUUUUCAUCAUGAAUAGGGUUCAUUUAAUGUGUUUUAAAAUGUAUGUUCAGCUUAAUUUUUUUCAGCAUUUCCAUGAUGUCUCCUGAAAAUGCCUAUUUUGCUACCAACGAUAAAUGGUGAAGGGGCUGUUUAAAAAACACAACCAGUUUUCUACACUAUUUUUAGAAUAAUGCUUUCAUUUAAAAAGAAAAAAAAAGGAAUUCUAGUUUUCAGAUAUAUUUCAGAGAUAGAAGCAAACUUUUUUGCCUUUUAUUCAAAAGCCUGUUUGCCUUUAAGUGGACUUACCAGCAAAAUAGGUAAUACUUCAAAGAAAAUCCACUAGAAUUGAGAAGACAGAUGAUUUCCCAAACUGUCCCCUGAGUUUCAUCACUUCAUAUUUUUCCCCCUAUUUCUGGAUCAAGAUUUAAAAUUAUCAUGUAUACUGUUUCUUCCUCUGUAUGUGCAGCCAGAUACCAGUAUGUACAUUUCUACAAAUAAGAGGUCAUAACACAUACACACAGUUCUCACCUAAAGGAAACACGGGGGUUUACACACUUCAAUUUUCAGACCCUUCCCAUUUGGGGAUUCAGAUUAAGAGAAUCAUGAAUCAAAACAUCUAGCAAGACCCCCGGUGUAGAGUCUUAAGACCAUCUUUGAAAUUCUGAAAUCACAGACUUGAACUGUCAAAUGGAUGUUCAAAGAGGCUCUUCCUGGGCCUCCCCGGGUGGUAGUUGAGGCCAAACCACAAAAAUCCGCAAGAAGGAAGAGCAUCCCUCCAGAGAAAUACUCCAGAGCACUUGCAGAGAAGAGCUGUUUCCCUGUGCCCCACCCCUCAUCAGUGGCACCCUUCUCCAAAAUUUUAGAAUCAAAUCAUUAGAAUAGAACUGAAUUUUCCAACUGAAACAUGAAAAUUGAAAAUUUUAAUUUUAUCUUGAAACAUGGGUUGUUUUGGUGGAGCUCUUCAACAUGAAAAGAAUACUCCUGGUUAAUCAAUAUACACCUUUGUGAUCUGAAAUGUGACUAAUUUAUGCCUUUUCAUCCCAUGAUUAUUUUUGAAUAAUUGAUGUUAAGUCAAUCUCUUUGCUUAUUGGGUGGGGUUAGGGAUAGGAGGCAGGGAGUGACCAUUUUGAUAAAACUUGAAAUAUAGCAUUGCAAUUGCAGUAACUUUAUAGUAGUACUUAAAUUAGAGAAAAUACUCCCCCCAAGUCUUUAACCUUCCUGAAUUGGUAAAAAGACGCACGGUUUUACUAGGAUGAAAAUAACCAGUCAAAGUGACUUUUAACAUGUAUAUUCUGAAACAAAGGACACGUACUCUUCAGUUUCAAAGUCCCUCGUAGGGACCCUGGCAAAUGCUAACAAUGUUUACAAUUCAGAAAAUACUGUGUGUAGUAGAAAAUCCUCACUCCUUUAGCAUUGGAAAGUUGGGAGGUACUUCUUUAAUGUUGGAUAGUACAGAGUGGUAUUAUUAUGGAAUUUCUAAAUGUUUUUAUAUAUACAUAUAAAAAUCUGUCGGUGUCUCACACCCAGAAAGAUGCUAUAUUGUAGAAUUUAUUAGCAGGAAAACAGUGUUUCUCAGGAAUGUAGUAAAUUUUAAAUUAUGAGUGUGCUUCCUGUCCUCCCGCCUCCACUCCAGGCUCUGGAGAGACAGUGCCAGCACUGUUGCUAACUCACUGGAAAACUUUCUCCUAAGCGAGUCAGGUUCGUGUGUAUUCUGCUAAGUAGGGUGAGCCAUUUACACGAGUUGUAUAAUCAGUGAGUGGAAUCAGUGAUUCCUCUUAAUUUCUGGGGAGGGGGUGAAUUAUAGAAAUCAGUCCGUAUUCUAUCAUUAAAUUUUAUAUUUUAAUCUUUCAAUUCAGCCUUCUAACUAUCCAGUAGGAAAGUCACAUGAUAGUUUGUCCUACAUUGUGUGCACUUACAACCUGUCAUUUAAAGUGUUCUUUCGGGAAAUGAAUGCUAGUCAAAAAGUAAUAGAUUGUAUGUUUGUAAUUUAUAAAUUAUUUAUAACAGUGUCAUAAGUAUUACAGGUAUUACAAAUCAUCGAGGUUUAUUUUCAUGCAGUUGCCCUUAGGUAGUUCUUGGUUUUAAAAUUUAUUUCAUUAAAUAAAUCUUUAAUCUUAUAAAGAAACAUCUACACAAAAGUUGACCAUGAAAAUGCCCAGCCCAUUCACAUCACAAUGACCAGGUCUACGGAAUUCUUUUUGGAAAUUACUGACAGUAACAUCAUGCAGUUCAGUGCCUAAUACAUGCUUUUUAAUAAUGAGCAUUUCUAUAAUGCCUCUUAAAGAUACCAUACUCUGAUUUUUCUCACAUUAAAAUAACUGAGGUCCCUUGUGAAACUUAGUUAUACUUUGCUGCAUUUUAAUUAACCUUCAACAGCUAUUAAAAUGGAAUGUAAGCUAAAUUUUGAAGGAAAGGAAAUAAAUGUUUUCCAUUUUUCAUCUUGAUUUAUUUUCCGUAUGAGAGCAGCUGUGUUUUUGAUAGGUUUAUGGUUUGCAUGAAUUAAUAUUUAAAGUGAUCUAGGCCAGUGCAUGGCUAUUGCUAUAAAUCUAAUGUUUAUUUCUGCCUUAUCAAAUCCUGUCAUGGCCUAUCUGAAAUUUAAUAUUCAGUGGACACAUUAAUUGGUCCUCCAUACAACAUUUUAAUAAAUAAAUAAAUUUUACAAACAAAUUUGAACAAAUUUAAUUGAUUGUUUUGUUUAACUUGCCUCUGAGAACUUUUCUUAAUAAAGCUCACAAAAGUUCUCAGCAAAUAAAUUUCCCUUAAAUGGGAAAAAAAACUAGAUUUCACAUUUGCUUAUUUUGAAUCAACAACAACUUUCCAUAGGUAAGUCUGCCCUUGCAAAGAUGUGGGCAGAUUAUUAAAAAUAUUUAUUUUUAUGUUUCAUGGUUCUAGAAUAGAAGCCAUAAAUGUAGUAAAUACUGUUUGUUGUUUAACUACUUCAAGCUUCAUUUUUCACAUUUUCAGGUUUAUUAGGUAAAAAAUAAAAAGGCAKCCUUGGAAGGCAGCUAUGAAAAACUGCAGUUUGCAUUAAAGAUAAAGUAGUAUUUUCAGCUCCAUAAGAAACCAUUCCUGCUGAAACUGCUGUAGAAAUCGUAAAGCUGCAUGAGUGAGGAGUGUCGAUUUUGUGAUUAUAGUAGUUUUCUCAGGUUUGUUUAUCUUGAUGUAAAAUGCACUGUGUUUUAUAAAUAGUUAUUAAAGUUGAGUAAUAUUCAUUUCUAUGCAGUGUUACGUGUCUUUGGCCUUUUGUGAAUGUGCAUGUUUUAAACUGCAAAUUUUAAACAUUUUGUCCUCUAAUUGUUAUUCAAAAUGAAAUAAACUUUACCAUUAC